UAUGCUCGUAACUUUUUAAAACUUUUAGCUUUAGUUUUUGUUUCAUUGUUGUUUCUUCGCUGCAGAAACAAGUGCGGCACCCAACAAAAAUGCGGGUGCUUUCAUUCCUCAGGAUGCUGCAGAUCUCAUGCGCUUUUGCACCUAACAUGGCACCAAGCUUAUGCGAACUUGUGUGAGAGGUUACCUGGAAGUUUACGUUCUCAAGAUGGCAGAGUUGUUCAUGGAAUGUGAGGAAGAGGAGCUAGAACCAUGGCAAAAGAGAGUGAAAGAAGUGGAGGAGGAUGAUGAUGAUGAUGAACCGAUCUUCAUUGGGGAAAUCUCAAGCUCAAAGCCAGCUAGUACAUAUAUAUUGAACAGAGUCAACUUCAGCUCAUCACGAAGGCAGAUACAGAAUGGUGCACCCAGUAGAGGUAUUAUAUUGUCCUCAUAUGGUACAAUUACUUCAUUCAAGUCUGACAGUCACCGUUAUGCAACACCUGCCUCCAGUCCCAGUGCCAUGCCUGUUUCAUCCGUGUUUCAGUCUGUAUCCAGAUCUACUGCUAGCUCUGUAGCAGUUCAGCCAUUGUCUAGACCAGUGAAUGUUUCAGGAUCUUCACAGACGCUGCAGAGACCAGUUGCUGGAUGUUUAUCAACACAGCAGAUGACCCGAUCAAGUUCUGGAAUAUCACAGCCUGUUAGCAGACCUGUAACCAUUCCAGUCACGACACAGCCAGUAUCAAGAAAUAUCACGGUUCCUCUAGUGGCCCAACCUGUAUCCAGGCCAGUGACCUCUGUGACAACACAGCCUGUCAUACUCAAUCAGGAUUAUAUUAUGGAUUCUCCAUCAGAUGCACCAGAUAAUACAUCUGGUAUACUGUUUGGUGUGAGACAGAGCUCGGGAGUUCCUCAGUACCAGACUGAGCCAACAGUGAGUCUAACAGAUACAAAUACUGCAGCAAGCAACAUUAAGAAUGGAGGGCCAUUUCCACGAGCUUGUCCGAAGUGCAAUAUUCAUUUCAAUCUUAUGGAUCCUCUAAAAAAUCAUAUGAAGUAUUGUUGUCCAGAUCUGGUUAAUGACUUUUUUCUGGGCGUGGUCCAAAUGGAAUGUUCUACUACAACAAGCAAGACUACUGAAUAUGAGAAAGGAAAAUUGAUUAUGUUAGUUAAUGAUUUCUAUUAUGGGAAACAUGAAGGUGAUACCCAACAGGUACAACAGGAGCAGAAGACUCAUACAACAUUUAAGUGCUUCAGCUGUCUGAAAGUUCUUAAAAAUAAUAUAAGGUUUAUGAACCACAUGAAACAUCAUUUAGAGCUUGAGAAGCAGAGCAGUGAAAGCUGGGAAAGCCACACCACCUGCCAGCACUGUUACCGUCAGUUUCCCACCCCAUUCCAGCUGCAGUGCCACAUUGAAAGUACACACACACCUUAUGAGUCUUCUACUAUUUGUAAAAUCUGUGAAUUAUCCUUUGAAACAGAACAGGUUCUUCUACAACAUAUGAAGGACAAUCAUAAGCCAGGUGAAAUGCCAUAUGUUUGCCAGGUAUGCAACUACAGAUCUUCAGCUUUUUCAGAUGUAGAAACACAUUUCAGAACAGUUCAUGAAAACACAAAACAUCUGCUAUGUCCAUUUUGCCUCAAAGUAAUUAAAAUCGGAGCACCGUAUAUGCAUCAUUACAUGAGGCAUCAGAAAAAAGGAGUAUACCGUUGCACUAAGUGUAGACUGCAGUUUUUGACUUGCAAAGAAAAAAUGGAUCACAAGACUCAGCAUCACCGAACAUUCAGAAAGCCUAAACAGUUGGAAGGAUUGCCUCCUGGAACAAAGGUUACUAUUCGAGCAUCUAUUGGAUCUCUUCAGUCAGGAUCUUCAGUUAGCACAAGCACAUCCACGUUUCAGUUAUCACCUAAAGCAAAGAAUACAACCGCUAGAAAUCAUAGCAGAUCUAAUUCAAAUAAAUCGAAAGCAAGAUCAAAACCAACAACUGCAUUGAAGAAGCAAAAUGCAUGGACCAACAACAGCAGCAAAAAAAAAAAGGUUACAAAUACAGCAUUGCAUAAUCUAAGGUGUCGUUUGGGAGCUCACAAAUGCAUUGAGUGUUACUCAGAAAUAAAAGAUUUUGCAAGUCAUUUCCCUGCGUAUGUCCAUUGUAGCUUAUGCAGAUACAAUACUAGCUGUAGCAAAGCCUAUGUGAAUCACAUGAUGAGUUUUCACAGUGCUCGCCCAAGUAAAAGAUUUUGGAUAUACAAGAAGCAUUCAGAAGAGCUACGAGGUGUGACUGUAGUAUGUCUUAACUGUGAUUUUCUGACUGAUGGUUCUGGCUUAGAUAGGAUGGCCACACAUCUGAGCGAAAGCCAUGCUCAUGCUUGUCAAGUUAUUAUAGAGAAUGUUUCUGUAGAUUUACCAACUGCUGAUCAAGUAUCUGACAAACAGGAGCUUGAUUCUUCAGAGGAAACAAAAGAAUGCAAUAGAAACCAAAAUGAAGUUGCAUCGGUUGAAAAGACUGAAGAAAAUUCAUCAUUGUCAGAUACAGAAAAUGUUGCCAAUUUGGAACUCCAUGAUAACAGCACGAAGAAAUCUUUGCAUGAGAGAGGAACAUGUUGUGAUUCAGAUCAUAACAAACAAUCGGUAGGCGAGAAACAAAAAUGUAUUCAUGGAGAAAGUGAGUUGAAAACUUGCCAAAGAUCAGAUGAUGUUGUCUUGACUGAUCAGACUAAAGUGCAAAACUUGGAUAAAAUUACUCUUUCAGCAAUGAAUGCAAAGGACUUAAAGCUAACUUUGGGUGAAGAUGUUAGUUUUGAGCAGUUCUUGAGAAAAAGAAAUGAACCUGAAUCAGUUAGUUCAGACAUGAGUGAACAAGGCAGUAUUCAUUUGGAGCCUUUGACUCCGUCAGAGGUACUAGAGCAUGAAGCAACUGAAAUUCUUCAGAAAGGUAAUGUUGCACCUUCAUCAAAGCAAGCUGAACAACUCUCUGAACAAACAGACAAGACUUCUCAAGAAGACAGUCCCAGCAGAAUGGAAACAACUGUAAACAAAACAGAUGAAAAUGAAGCAAGCUGAAAUUACAUUCAUUUUGUUGUGUAUUAUAUAUAAUGAUAGGAACACCAUGGACCAUUCCUGAUGAGUGUGCUCAUUGAUGCUAAUGGUUUGGGGGUUUUUUGAAAGGGAAAUUUGACAUAUGGAGAUAAUGUGUGUGCACAACUGCAUCAAGUAAAUUUAGAAAAGGUAAUGUGUGUUUAAGUUUAUCUGCCUGUUUCUUCUCUCAUUUAUCUGAAUAAACUGAGUUGAAAGGAGGAAAAAAAAUCUAUUUUUGUAUCUGGAAUAAGAUUAUUUGCUAGCAAAGAGAAAAUUUUAAAAACUCUUUUAAUGAAACAGUGGAACUUAGUACGAAUUUAGUUCUGAUGCUGAAAUGAAGCACACUUGUAGCAAUGGUUGUUGGUCUGCUGAUAGCUGGAUAAACACAAGCUUUGGAUUUGGUAUCACAUUCCUGUCUGUAAAAGCAUGUAAACAAUUAUAUGAAUCUAUGCACCUCUGUACAGGUGUAAUCCUGCCAGACUGUAGACUUGACUUAAACUUUCAGUGAAAGUGAAAAUAUUACAAUAAAAUAUAUAUAUUUGUGGGGUUUUCAGUAUGCAGACUGUGCAGAAAUACCAGACAUAAUUGUAAAAAGUAGGACAUACUGCUAAAAGUACUGUAGCUUUUAGUCUUUUACCAUUGUUUUAAAUAUUCUUAGUGGUAGACCCAUAGGAAUGGUCUGUAAGGCAAAAACCAAAGUAUGGUUUAAUGUAAAAAUUGUUUUAAGCAAGAAGGAAAACCCCAAACUGGAAGUACCAGCUGGCAUGCAUUCUGCCAUUUAACAGCUGCUACUUGCUAACUCCUAGAAAAAAGGACACAAGAGCGUAUACUGUGGGAAUGUACAGUUCAGUUUCACAACUUUUUGUAGUCUAAGUUAUAUUCAAAAAGAUAGCUGCUGUUUUUUGUUGGUUUUUUUUUUAUAGUUAGCAGUUAGGUGUAGAAAUGAAUAUGACAGUAGCUUGCUCUUACAACUUCCUUGCUCCAUUUGAAACAUUCAGAAUGUGCUUUUGACCUGGUUUUGUUUUUAAUGUGUUAAAUGUUUUGAACAGCUGUUAAAGCACUGCUGUAAAUUAUUCCUUUUUUGAGUAAAUAUUUGCAACAAAAUUUUGUCUUUGUGAAUAAUUUCACUGCUCAGCUUGAAACUUUGGGCAUAAUAUUGCCACCAUUUUAUAAAAGAUUUGGUAGCAGUUUGCAGGAACAGUUUCAUUUUAAACUUUUCAUUUUAAAAUUGUGAGUUUGAUGCUUAAGUGAUUUUUUUGUUUGUUUUUAAGAAUUAAAUGAGCAAGUGCCUAUGCAUAAGAAUAUUUUUCUAGCUGUGUAUUGUGGUUAGAUGUGCUAACUUUUCCAGAUUUCAUAGAGAUAUUUUUCUGGACCAUCAGCAUGAAAUUGAAGUUCGCUUUGUCCUUCUAUGUUGGCUAGACUUGGCUUCUAAAUGAGUCUAAUCAGCAACAGCAUUAACAUAUAGAGACCAUCCUGCUUGUUGUUGAAACCUCUAAAUAAACCACUUUUCAAAAUUGCUUAAGACUGAAGAGUCACAUGAAUUAAAUUUUAAAUUGCUCCUUACUUUUCAUCCAUGCAGAUGAAAUCCAUGCCUUUUAAAAGAAAAGUGGAAUGACAUACAUGGUCAUAGCUCUUCAGCUUAAAGAAUUCCAAAUAAAUUAAAAACAGACAAAAAAAACCUGAGAACAGUAAGUGGCAAUAUUCUUCUCUCCUUUAAAAUUGUAGUGAAAUUGUUAAUUUGAGGUGUUAUUAACAGGUCUGUUGUCUUCAUGCAUGAAGACAUGAGGGAAUAUAAAAUACAGCAUCCUAAGAAGGAUAGUUCAAAGGAGUAAGCCAGCUAUGGAACUUCUUGUGUAUGUUACUGAAGCAGCUCAUGAGUGCAUAUAAACAUUGAUUUUACGUGCCAAUUAAAUAUUUUGAAAAAUUUGAAUGUGGUGUUGGAAAAGACUAACUUCAAGUGGAACCACUUCCAUGAUACUUGCUUGUAACAUCCUCACAUUUGUCUUUUAUGCAAUUACAUUUUUAAAAUAUUUGCCAUUUUAAUAAUAUGAACUUGGAUGAAAACAGUUUGAAUGCCCCAUACUUUUAAGAAUAUGUGGAAAAUGAAACUGAGACUGGAAAAACCUGAGUAUUUGACAAAAAUAUAUGUGAAUUCUCAGACACUUAAUAUGUAGAGGGUUGUUUAUUUCAGUCUGUGUGGAGAAUGCAUAUACAUUACAACAGUAAUGUUAGGUCUAAAACUGCCCAGAUGUUUAACAUCUGAAAUAGCAACCCUUCCAAAUGGAGCAAGAGAGUACUAGAUAGUUUUGUAGCAGGACCAUCAGACUGUUUAAAUAGACCAUUAAAUUGUAUAAUGAAAGCAGUGGUAUGCUGUUUUUGUGAAGAACGAAAAAUGUAUUUGUUUUUCCUAUCUGAAGAAAUCUGUUAUCUUAACACUGCAGGAAAUUGCAUAAUUAUGAAAAUUAAUCCCUUUCCUGUAUUCUGUUGGUUCUUGGAGCAAAGCUAAAUAGAUGCUUUUGGCUUGAGUCAAAGAUAAUUUACACUGACUACAUUUGACUUAUUUGUAUGUAACUGCACAUAACUCAUUUUUUCGGUUGUUUCUGUGUCGUGUGAAAGGUUUUUUUUUUUUCUUUUUCAGCCAUCAUCCGUUCUUUCUCUGUGCCACCUUUCUCUUUGAACUUAGGAGAAUGUUUGAGCUCAUUUACAUUGCCUUGCAAAAAAAAAUUAACUUCAAUUUAAUUCUCAGUGUCCAUACUAGAAUAUAUGUUUAAUUUCUGGAGAGAUUAACAAUAUUUACUUGAAUUAUAAUUUCAUUUUGGGUAUAUAACUUAGUAUUUUUGAAAAAGAUACAUGCUGUGUGCACAUUAGCUUUGUUUCUGUUCAGUUGAAAACUACUGAAAAUCAGUAGCUUAUGGUCAUUUGGUGCUUCCUCAAGUGCAGUGAAUGCCUCAGUUUGUCUUGCACAGUUUGGGCAAAAAAAUACUGCUUUUGGACUAAUUUGUAGAGGAUUGUAGAAAAAUUCCUAUUGUUUCAGGGGGAGAAAGCAUUGCCAGAAGAGGAAUAGGCACAGUAUACCCAACAGCUGCAAGUUGUGAAGCUAUUGGAUGCGAGUCUAUUCACUUUUUAUGGCUGGAUCUCCAGAGAUGUUACAGGUUCUGUAUAUUUCAAUCAACUGUUGUCACUAAAGGUAGAAUUUUAAGUAUGGUCUUUGCAUCUUUCAGUGUAAAGGCUUUAAAACGUGUAAUACAACUUCCACUGUUUGCGUACAUGAAACGUGUUUAUAGCAAUAAGCAAAUUCACAGUAUUUGGUUUAUUGCAUAUUGCAGCAUCUUACUGCAGAAGUUACAGAAGACUAAUUUAAUUCUAAAUAUGAAUUCUGAAUUCAAACGUUAUUUGCAUAGGAUUUCUAAAGAUUAAAAACUAGUCUACAACCCUGGAAAAUGUUAAUCACUCACACUUUAAUCUAUAUUUACUUCAUAUAUGAAAUCUCAUUACUACAUGAAUCUGAGACAGUAUGGAGGGAUGUGAAAUGUAGCUUAAGUAAUUAAGAAGAAAUCAGCCCCAAAGGAAACUUCUAGAAAAACUGAAGCUGGUGGAGGGUAAGUGGUGGAGGGAUAAGAAGUCUUAACCACGCCGAACCGUUACUGCAUGUGCACAAAUUUUGCUUUGCAGAAACAUGCUUGUAUUUAUAGGCAUACACUGAAAACAAUUGGGUUUCAUUUUCCCUGAUGUAGAUGAAGAAAUGAAAGAAGAAAGAUCUUUUUUUGAUUAUGUUAAAAAGAAGGUAGGUUUCAACAACAGUCCUUAUACUCUUUAGAGCAAAAACUUAUCUACAACAUUGUAAAACUGCCACUGUACUUGAUUUAGGUGUUCUGUUGAUCUAAGUGUGCUCUUGGUUAGGUGCGCCAACCUGAUUCCAUCUCUACUGUCCGUGUAGGUAAGUUUGAUCAGUCAGGUUGAGCUCAUGAGGCUACUAAAGGACUCUGGGAAGCAUUUCUGUCUGUUUGAGAAUUAUGUCUCUAAAAACACUUAAGAGGCUUGUGCAUUUCUGUCAGGAGAAAGCUGAUCCUUCUGACUGUUAUUGCCAGUAGACACUAUUACAGGUAAGAGAAAAUGUAUUCUUUGUUGAAAUUAAACCAAAACAGAAUUCUGCAUGAAAGCCAAUGUCUCUUCCUCAACUGUGAGAUAGCACUGAGUGAUUUAACUGCACAAGGGAAGUGGUGUUUGGCAUUGGUGUCUUCAAAGCUGUUAAGCUGUGACCUCUUACUGCUGUUUGUAUUCUGGCAGUAAAAAAAAUGUAUUUUCUCUCUUCUCACAUCAUGUGUAGUUUAUAUUAAUGUAUUUGUUAUUCAGUGUUUGCGUGCUGCUUAGAAAUGCAUUGUUUGAGAGGGGUUACAAUCUACUUGCACUUCUGUGAGUGCUUCUUGAUAGUAUCUCUUACAUCAUUUUGUAUUGAGCAUUCAAUUCUGUGAAAUAAAGAGAUGGAGGAGGAACAGUGAUAAAGUACUUUAAAAGUUGUUCUCCUGCUUAUCCCAAGAUAGUGAGUAAAAAUAUAUCCACCCUGAACUUCAGCCUCUGUGCAGUAACAGCUGCAUUCUCUUCUUUUGUAGGUGGUGCUCAGGCUGCUAGGAAUUUCACUGAACAGAAUCUCCAGAGAAAAUACAAAGCAGCAAAUGAUUGGUGUGUCAAGAUGCCUCAUUGCAAUAAAAGAUCAAUAAGCUGCAGCAUGGAAACUGUACUAUAAACAACAACAUCUAGAAGUGGAGUGGGGUCAGUUAGGGAGCAGCGCUUCGACUGACUACAACCUGGAAGGUGGAGAUGAGGCAGUUUAAUAGCAGCAGCUCUCCCUGUGCAGCUCUUGGAAGGUUUUAACACUACUCCAAGAAGCCAAGUCCCAGCACUACUUUGGGAUCCUGGAGAGCCCGAUAAGAGUUGUCAUCCCAAACCCACUGGCUGAGAAGUCAUCCCACAGAAGUGGAAGAAGAGGAAUAAUCCUUAUCUGUAAAUUCAAAGAGGCAAAGCCUCUAAAUUGUUUUGCAGCUAGGGAAAAAUUGAGGUCAGGAACUGGGAAUGUCAGAAAGAGUGUUUGGAGAGCAAGUGCCUGUGGGAUGGUAAGGAAAUGGCAAGUACAUAACAGAAAAAGGGAUGAUCUCUCUGAAAAGACUAAAAUGAUCUUCUUAACCUACAAUUGCCUGUCCAUUGUACAUGUCUGAAUAGAUACAAGGGUAGGAAGCUUUUAAUAAAUUAAAAAGGAAGAGCAGGGUUGUUUUUUUAAGGCAAAAAGUGACAUGCAUAAACCUGGGAGUGAGAUCAUGCACCUCUUUAAGCCAGUGACAUAAAGCUUUUUGACUUUAAAUUAAGAUGAAGGUUUUUACCCACAUGUUGAUGAGCAGAGAGGCUGAUAAGAGCAGUGGCAAUUAUGCACUUGGGGUGGUGUGUUCUGAUAGAACAGUGAUGUCCUUUGAGAGGUGGUGAUGUAGCCAUUCAGUGCAGUACAGGUAUAGACAUUCUCAUUUUUGGGAUGUUCCUGCUGUGUGACUAUGACAAACAUUGUUGCAGGGUACAGCAGGGCAGUAAGAUAAAAUAGCUUUCUGAAUGCUACACAGCAGAGUACAGACAAAACCAGAAUUUAGGCACACCUAAUCCUCAGUCUGUGUCCAAUUCUACUAAUUGCUCCAAGUUUCCAUGCUAUUGUCACAUACAGAAGGUAAUUACAUGUUUGAAAGCAUUCCCUGCUAGCUGAUUGUGGAGCUGUUCAAGAGCCCGUACCUAAGGGAGGAGCGAGACUGUGAGUUUCUCAUUGUUAGAAGAAACAGGAUGAGCAAAUGCCAUGUGCAGAAUUAGUGCUCUGAUUAGAAGAAGAAAGAACUCAGUACCACUGUAUAAAGUGAAAUUGACAAAUUAGAGGAUUAUUAAUCCACAGAAUGUAAGAAAAUUGCUGUAGGUGUUCAGGCCCUCCAGUGUUAGGAAUCUUGCUUUCAGGUUCAGUUGGACUUCAUGACUGUAGUACGUAGUAUGCAGAUAGUAUUAAAAUCCAUUUGUGCCAACUGUUUGAAAUACAGCCUGUUGUGAAUGCAGUGUUAAGCUUUGUGGGAGCUGGGAACAUUAUGAGAGAAACAAGAUGUUGGCGUGGCUAUUUAGCCCUUCUUUGAGAUGCUGAACUAAACAAGCAGAAGGAGAUAAAAAGGGAAAAAAAAAAUCCUGAAAAUCUGUGGAUAGGUGGAAGUUCUAGCAAAUUACUGAUUACUUAAUGGUAUCAUUUGCCUCAAAGACAAAAGCAUCCUGUGUCUUCACUCUGCUGCUGGAGUUUUAAUUCAGAAUAUUCAUGUUCCUUGCUGUUUCCUUUCCUCCGACACAAUUAAAACAUCUCCUGCCCUAUAGUCAGCAAUAAAAGAAGCACGCUGAUACUGCUUUCAAGUGUAUGUAUUGUCUAGAAGGCAAGCCUAUGUAAAAUGUUUUCCAGAUGAACUUGCUUAAAAUUUCAAAAAAAUAGAUGGAUGUGAGGUGGGAAUUUCUAGUAUGCCCAGUAAUAACAGAAAAGUAGAAACUAUAUGUCUGCUUCAGCCACAUAUCCCUAAGGAAGAAGGAAAAAAAACACUCUAGAAAAAGUUAUAUACCAUUAAAGCAUUUAAUGCAGAUUGCCAUAAGGCAAGAUAACAACAGUUGAAUGUUAUGAACUGCAGAAACUAUAAACACAUUAUAUUUUAAAUGCUUAAUCUGUUUUACAAACUAUGUACAUUAUUCUGCUAAAUAAGAUGAAUUGGGAUUCAAGAAGCAGCACAUCCUGACAAAUCUCCUCCUAAAGGCAUCCAUUAAUAUAAAUCAACAGUAGCAAUUUUGUUUGAUCAUUUAUUUGCAAGAAUCAUUAAGGUUUAAUUAGCAUAAUUAUUCCCUGUGGGACUUCAUGUCACAUAAAUGACAAAUGGCAUUAUCAAUAUUUAAAAGAUAAGUAUGUAAUGUUCAGAGUACUUAAACAGUACUCUGCAGGUGGUGUCCAGCUGCAGCAAAUUAGGUUAAGUUUGAUUUCUAAAUUGUAGAAAUGUAAUUCCAGAUGAACUGUUCAUUUCAAAAAGUACCAAGCCUGUGUAUUGCACAAAACAUUAGCACACAGCCAACUCUAUAUGGAGUUGCUCACUGCAGUAAGUGUGUGCAUCAUCUUCUGAUUUCAGGUGAGCAGCUUGGCUUACUUGAUGUAUCAGGUGAGAUGUAUUGACGUAGGGAAGUAAGGGAAGGAUGAGAGCUCAGCUGUGGGGUGGGAAAGUGAGCACAACUUUUGGUGCUGGGGGAACCCCACUUCUGGUGACACAUGCAGUGUGGUGUGAGGUGGGGAGCGUCAUGCUGAGCUGCCACUGCCCAGUCAACUGGUGAAUUGUAUUUCUUUUACCAGCAGUGAAAUGUGUCAUUAACUGCUGUGUACUCUUCUCUUCUCUGAAGGGUUUUGAAUAAAACAUCAGGGAAUGUACUGAGCUGCCCCAGGACCCACAGAUGUCCCUGCACAGGGCUGGGAAGCAGAGCUUUCAGCAGCCCAGGGCUUGUGGCACUGGCAGGGCUGACUGCAGGGCCAGGCGCCAGUGUGAGAGAUGGACAGAGGCAGCAGAAUUAGUUUCACAUUGCUCUCAGCCCUUUCUGGGAUUGACAUUUCUUUUCUGUUUAUUGCCCUUCAGUUGUCCUCCCCAUUAGUUCAGCCAUGUUGUGGCUCAGGGUUGUAGUUACGGAUUAGUUUGUUAAAUUCUUUGUUAGAUGCUGAAUUUUGAACAUGACAUCUUUCUUAGUUUUUUCCCUCUCUGCUGAAUUCCUCUUUCAAGUUCCUCACCUAUUUAAUUACCCACAAAUGUUAAAAUGAACUCUCUGGAGUUACUGUGUUUGAUGGUAUCGUGCAGGAAAGAGAGAGGUACUGCUUUCUUCUAAGCACUUUUCUUGGUGCUGUCUUUGUGCUCCAGUUAAGAUACAUGCAGACACCUGGGUUUGGUGCUUCCAAUGAAGUGGGCAGUGCAGGGUGUUGGUGCCAUCCCACCUUUUUAUUUGGUGCACCAUUUACUAUGGGGGCCACUAAAAGGAAGAAGAAUAAAUAAAUCAGAGCUCACAUUUAAAAAUCUGAAUAAACUACAUAAAGGCUUCUGGAUGAGGUUUUAUGUGCACAGCUUCCACACUCAUCUGUGGCUAAAUGUCAUUGUUGAUUUGCAUCAGAAAGAACUCACUUCUUUUGCUUGAAUCACAGAAUUGAACUUAGGAUCUCAACUCAUUUUCAGUUUAACUGAGGGGGCAAAAGUUUGAAUGUGAGUGCAUAAAGCCCUUGCUGCACAGACCAGAAGUGCCAUUACAGAAAUAGUAAUACAAAAUUCUGUAUAAGUGUUCUGCAACAGACAUUUACCUAAAAAAAGAAAGUGAUUAAAGGUGAAGCAGAAAGCCUGGUGAUCGUAGUUUGUAUUUUCCCCUGUGUUUGCUGGUUGGAUUAAAAAGAGCAUGGUGGACAUGGUGCUCUAAUUAUUUUUUAAUCAUCGUAUGCUAGCAGAGUUGUGCCAAAUGCAGAGGAAAAUGCCCUGCUCCAUAACCCGUGCAGAUCCAGCAGCCCAUCAGCCAGCUGGCAGGGAGCUUGGAGUGUGCUGUGUGCUGUAAGAGCUCAUUUCCCAGCUCAUUGAAUGGAACACAUUCCUGUUGGAUGGUGUACGAAACCUGGCUGGUGGUGGUGGUGUCGUCAUUGUCUUUUUUCAGGA